UGCCGCUCAGAUGAUCUCCUUCUUGACGCACACACACACACACACCGUCCACUGCUGCAGUUCAGCCGCCGAUCAACCAGCACUUUAAUAUAAACGUGCAUUUUAGACAGUCGAAGGUCGAAACCCUUGAAACCGAGUCCGAUGGCACAGUGGACAAUACUUUUGUUUUCUUUGUACGGAGUUCUGCAUGGACAAGACAUUCAGCCUCUCUCUGUACAACAGUGCUGUCAGGAUGGGAGGGAUCGGGCCCUUAGAGCACAAGACUGCACAAUCCUCCCCCUCAUCUCCUCUUCCCACACCUGCAGGAUUGCCCAGGAGCAGUGCUGUGCAGCAGCAGUAAGAGACCGACUCUGUGACAAUGGCAUCAAGAUGGCCCGUGGGCAAGGGGCCUGUGAAAGGCCCUUCUUCCAAGGAGACCCCUGGGAAACCAAAAUCUCUAAGACGUGUUGUGACUGCUGCGUGCUCGGUCUGAUGACAGCGCUCCAGGAUCCGAGCUGCGAGCUCCAGGAUUUGUUUCUGGGGAGACGGUGCACACACACAGUUAAAACCUGCUGUGACAAAAACACAACGGAGGAAAUCAAACCAAAUGAUGUGAAUGAAGAACCGGUGACAGAAAAGCCAGAGGUCAACGUUACCGCCCAGCCUAUAGAGGGAUCAGACACCUGUACAGGCUCCAAUUGCUCCCAGUUGUGUGUAGGUAAUGGUACAUGUGCAUGCCACGAUGGGUAUCGACUGCAUAAGGAUGGAGUGAAUUGUGAGGAUAUUAAUGAGUGUCUGACCGGCAGUCACAACUGCAUCCUUGGCCAAGCUUGCAUUAACACAGAGGGCUCCUUCCGCUGUCAGAGGGAAACCGGCUGCGGCACUGGGUAUGAACUCAAAGACGACAACAGUUGCCAAGACAUAGAUGAGUGUACUUUGGGGACCCAUAACUGUGGACCAGACUUUUUGUGCACCAACACCGCAGGCUCAUUCCGCUGUCACCCAAAGGAGAGGUGUGCAGACGGUUUCACUCAAGACGCCAUCGGCAGCUGUAUCGAUAUAAAUGAGUGUGUGGUCAAUACCAGUCCAUGCCUGCCUGGCCAGACUUGUGUGAACACAUUGGGCUCCUACACUUGCCGCAGGAACACAGUCACCUGUGGACGAGGCUAUCACCUCACUGAGGACGGCGCGCAUUGUGAAGAUGUAGAUGAGUGUCGUACAGGCAAUGUGUGUGGAGGCCAUGGUUGCAUCAACCUGGUGGGCUCAUACCGCUGUGAAUGCAGAAUUGGCUUCAUCUUCAACAGUAUCACCAAACUGUGUGAAGAUAUCAAUGAGUGCAGGCAUUAUCCCGGACGCCUCUGCGCCCACAAGUGUGACAACACAGUGGGGUCCUACCAGUGCAGCUGCACCACUGGCUUCAAGCUUUCCCACGAUGGCAGAAACUGUGAAGAUGUCAAUGAGUGUGAAGCCAAUCCCUGCAGCCAGGAGUGUGCCAAUGUCUACGGCUCCUACCAGUGCUACUGUCGCCGUGGUUACCAGCUGAGCGACAUGGAUGGGAUAACGUGUGAAGAUAUCGACGAGUGCGCUCUUCCCACUGGAGGACACGUGUGCUCUUACAGCUGCUCCAACGUUCCCGGAAGUUUCUACUGUACCUGCCCACACACAGGCUACACCCUCGCCCAAAAUGGACGCACGUGCCAAGACAUUGAUGAAUGUGCAGCGGGGAUACAUACCUGUUCCGUCACCGAAAGCUGCUUCAACGUCCAGGGGGGAUUUCGCUGUUUGUCCUUCGCCUGUCCUCCAAACUUCCAGCAGGCAGCACAGGGACGAGAUGCUUCUGUCAACGUACGUUGUAUUAAGGCCUGCCAACCUAAUGACAGUGGCUGCAAUCUCGACCCCGUCCAUCUCAUCACCCACACCGCCCUCCCCCUGCCAACCUUCAGAGACAUCAGUGAACCAGAGGAUCUAGUUUUCCUGCGGACAGUUGCGGCAGCUAACCCUGUUCCUGUACCCGGUGCGACUGAUGUUUUCUUUGACAUCCUGGAUGCAGAUGACCAGUUCUCUUUUGAUGUGCAGAAGCGCUCCCACCAGGGCAUGAUUAUGGGUGUUGUUCGGCAGGUGAAACCUAUCAUUGGCCCCAAGGACCUUGUGUUGGAGGUCGCUAUGAACUAUGUCAAAUCAGGGGUUAUUUCCCAUCGCAACAUUGUCAUCGUCCAUUUCUUCGUCUCUGAGUUCUGGUUCUGAGCUGUGCAAAAAGUGGAUAGUAAUUCUGCAUUAGAAAUACAACACGUAUCUGAGCAAAUAUUAUUUAAACAUAGUUUUUAAUAUCUGGUGCCACACUUCUUGCUGAACAUCUGAAAACACCUAAAUUGGGAAUGCUGUUGCGUGCAAGAUAAAUCAUUGGAUUUGGUUCAUAUGCAAACGUUUUAUAUGUACUGAAAACAGUUACAGACGCAGUUUGCAACCCAUCCAGUGCAUUGGUUUACAACAGGUCUUUGUUAUUUCAACUUAAUAUAGCCCCACAGAAAUGCUAACCAUGCUAGCAUCUCUGUGAAGCAGUAGGCUUUUAAAUGCUAAUGUCAGCAUGCUAACAUGCUUGCAGUGACAAUGCUAACAUGCUACUGUUUAGGUGGUGUAAUACCUUGUUAACCAUCUCGGUUUAGUCCGUUAGCAUGCUAACUUUUGCUAAUUAGCACUAAACACAACGUACAGCUGAGGCUGAUGGGAAUGUUUAUACAUACUUGGUCAUGAACCAAAGUGUUUGUCAGACUGAAAAUUAGACCUGAUGGCACUAGAUGAAAGUAUAAGGGAUCAACAAAGUUAUUAAAAUUCAUCCUGAGGGGGACAUGUGUACCAGAUUUCAUGGCAAGCCAGCCAAUAGUUGUUGAGACCACAGAUGGCAACCUCAUGGUGGCCUUAGAGAAGUUAUAGGGGAUCUACAAAGUCGUUAGUUAUGUAUCAUGUGUGAACCAUGACUGUCUGUACAACAUUCCUGCCAAUCUAUCUGAUAAAUGUUGAGAUAUUUCAGUCUGGACCGAUCUGACCGACCAACCUCCUUUGAUAGAUCCAUAGAUCAAUAAAGCACCACCGUUAGCAUGGUCAAAAGUUAUUUUUAACACAACAAAAAGAAAAGACUAAUUCCUCACUUGAUACCUCUACGCCAGAUGUGUUGAAAGUUACAUGCCUUCUACAAGAGUGAAAUGAAAUAAUAUAAUACAUUAACAGGGUGCUGUCAUCUCCUUAACCACUGUCUACUGUGUUUAAUUUGAAUUCAGACUUUGUUGUCAUGAGUGACACCAUGAUAGAUUGUUGGUUGAUAUUUUUGCUCCAUUUCAUCUGUUUUGACAGACCAGAUGUGCUUCAUCUAUUGGGUUGCUUUCAACAUUGAUUGUGUUUUGUAUCAUCAGACUGUACGACCAUCUGUGAAUAAUAAAGACUCU